AUGGUGCUGGCGAUACCCGCUUAUUCGCUCUUUCUCGCGUACAACGUGGUUUUCCUGGUGCUGACGUACGUGGUGCCUGUAGCCACCAUGGCGGUCACCUACACGCGUAUGAGCGUCGUCCUGUGGGGCAGUCGCUGCAUCGGAGAGUUCACCGAGCACCAGCAGAACGCCCUAAGGAGCAAACAAAAGGUGGUGAAGAUGCUGUUCACGGUGGUUGUCCUCUUCACGGUCUCGUGGCUCCCUUACCACAUCUACUUCAUCUACGUGUUUCAUCACCCCAAGGUGGCCUACGUAGACUACAUCCAGCACGUGUACUUGGCCAUGUACUGGCUGGCCAUGUCGCACGCGAUGUACAACCCCAUCGUCUACUACUUCAUGAACAAGAGUUUGUACAUACCCUCGCCGCAGCACGUCGCCACUCAUAAUACAGCUCUCCACGCCUACACAGACAAAUAUCAAGCAAAAAUCAACUGA